AUGCAAUUCUCAUACGCAACCAUCACCGCUCUGCUCGCUUCAGUAGCUUACUCCCAAUCUGUCGCCAGUGAAGUAGCUCAACUUCCUUCCUGUGCCCUUACUUGCUUAGCAACCGCCGUUCCCGGUGCUGGCUGUGGUCUCGCAGAUUAUGCUUGUCAAUGCGGUACUGCCAAAGAUUCUAUCACCCAGGCAGCUACCCCAUGUAUCGCAGCCGGUUGCUCUACCGAAGAUGCUUUGAAAACCCAACAAGUAACCAACCAAAUCUGCGCUCUCGAAAACGCAUCCAGCUCAUCUGGUUCCUCAUCCGCAGCCGCCUCUACCAGCGGCCCAUCCUCCUCCUCCGCUACCGAAUCCUCCUCAUCUGCAGGAAGUAGCAUUUCCUCCGCCACCGGCAGCGCCAUUUCCAGCAUCAGCAGCUCGCUCUCCUCAGUUGGUAGCUCCAUCUCUGCAUCAGCUUCUUCAGUUGGAAGUUCCAUUUCUGCAUCUGCUUCCUCGGUUGCUAGUUCUGCUAGAGAAUCUGCUUCUUCUACUCGUGCUUCGGCCUCUUCUCGUGCUUCGGCUUCUUCUACUUCUUCUGCUGCAGCUACUACUUCUACGGCUGCUGGAAACCGUGUCGCGGCUGCUGGUGCAGUGGUUGGUGCGGGUUUCUUGGCUGCUUUUGCUUUGUAG